AUGGCUACAGCAAGAGACGGGAGCCCUGCACGGACGAGAUCUCGAUCGAGAACCAGGUCGCCGAACAGGCCGCUGGCUCCCAUCAGUGAGAUGGAAGCACAGGGCCUUUACGAGAAUGGUGUGCCGCCCUCGCUGGUGAGGCACAUCGGUCAUGCGAUGAGGGCGAUUGACCACUACAAACGGCAUGAUGCUGGCUGGACGACUGCGGUGCUGCGAGAGACACUGCAGGAUACAGUGGAUGCCUUCACCAGAAUGAUCGAGGUACUUGACGUGCGACUGGCAGAGACACCGGUCAACAGAACGCCGCCGGACGAUGAGAGGCGAGAACUCCUGCACUUGAGAACUCCUGCACUUGAUUUCUGA